AUGGCUGCCCUGCUCUGUGAAAAUUGUUCUGGUCAGUACCACUACACCCAGGUCACUCAACCUCUUGAAAUCAGCUGCAUGUUGCUCCUGGUUAUGCUUGGAAAAGUGUUCCUGGAUUUCUUCAUGUUGCAAGUUAAGCAAAAAAAUGUGAAAGUUAGUUUUAUGGGCUACUUCUGUGUUUCACUGGCACUCCUCGAUUUCACGCUGCUGCUGAGUAUAUCCUUCAUUUUCUGUCUGGAGGACUUUGCACUCUGGGGUGUGCGAUUCACAAAGUACCACAUUUGCCUGCUGACUCAGAUCGUUUCUCUUACCUACGGGAUUUUGCACUUCCCGGUCUAUCUUGUGGCGGGUCUGGAUUAUUACAUGACUAUAGCCCAAACCUCUCACUUCCCUAAAAGAGGCCAAAGAUUACUUUACGUAUUUGCUGUGGUGGUUAUAUGGAUUUCAGGUUUUUUUUGUAUUCUGAAAGUUCCCGCUGUCUAUGAAGAACUAGAAAUCCAGAACCGUUUCUCUCCGUACCAGUGUCCUCUCUACACCAGCGUGCAGAGCUACUCGGUCUCGUGUGCCGUGGUGCUGCUCGUAGGCACGGCUCUCGCGGCUUGUUGGAGGGAAGCUGUCGCCAUGCUGCUGUCCGUCAGGGUCGUUUCCUUCGCCAGCCAGCCCGUCCUGAUGUUCUGCCUGUCCAACAGCAGCAGCAGCACUUGCUUGAAGCGGCAGGUCCUGACCAGACUCCUCGUCUGUUUUCUCGGCACGUGGGCACCUUUUGUUCUUCUUCAAAUCAUCAUUUUGUUUCUCGGUGCUCGGAUUCCAGCCUACGUGGAGAUGAACGUCCCCUGGCUGUACUUCAUCAACAGCUUUCUCAUCGCCGUGGCAUACUGGUGUCGGUGCCACGAUGUUGAAUUGACAGAGGAGAUGUGGUCUACAGAUCCGUUUGUCAGCUGGAAAUUCUGCUUUAUGCCGUUUAACAAUGAAAACACAGAGCCAGCUGAUAAGCCAGGCACAGUAAUUGUGAUCUGCUAA